GGCACCGAGGCCACUUCCACUCACCAGAAAUCAUGUGCCCAGCCAUGCGCCCCGAUGAGGACGAUGUCCCGCUCGACGGCAUGUCCGGCGAUGAGCUCUUCUCCGGCCGUGACGGGUACACGUACAGCGACUACAUCAUCCUGCCCGGCCACAUCACCUUCGACGCCCAGGACGUCACCCUCGACACGUAUGUCACGAGGAAGGUCAAGCUGCACCUGCCCUUCGUCUCCUCGCCGAUGGACACGGUGACCGAGUCGCAGAUGGCGAUCCACAUGGCGCUGUACGGCGGGCUCGGGAUCAUCCACUGCAACAACACGAUGGAGGAGCAGUGCGCCGAGGUUCGCAAGGUGAAGCGCUUCGAGAACGGCUUCAUCCUCGACCCGUUCUGCCUCCCGCCGACGGCGACCCUCGCCGAGGUCGACGCAAUCAAGCACAAGCACGGCUUCUCCGGAGUCCCAAUCACCGACUCCGGCAAGCUCGGCGGCAAGCUGCUCGGCUUCGUCGCCACACGCGACCACGACUUUGUCAAGGACCGAUCCACCGUCGUCAAGGAGGUGAUGACGCAGCAGCUCGUCACGGCGCCGGAGGGGUGCUCGCUCGAGCAGGCCAACAAGAUCCUCACCGACUCCAAGAAGGGCAAGCUCCCCGUCGUCAACAAGUCGGGCGAGCUCGUCGCCCUCAUCUCGCGCAGGGACUUGCGCAAGAACCGCGACUACCCGCACGCCUCCAAGGGCGCGUCCAAGCGCCUCCUCGUCGGCGCCUCCAUCCACACGCGGCCCGAGGACAAGACGCGCGUCGCCAUGCUCGUCGAGGCGGGCGUCGACGUCGUCGUCAUCGACUCGUCGCAGGGCAACUCGCGCUACCAGGAGGAGAUGGUCAAGCACAUCAAGGCCACGCACCCUGACGUGCAGGUCGUCGGAGGCAACGUCGUGUGCGUCUCGCAGGCCAAGAACCUGAUCGCGUGGGGCGUCGACGCCCUGCGCAUCGGCAUGGGCUCGGGCUCCAUCUGCACCACGCAGGAGGCGACCGCCGUCUACCACGUCUGCAAGUACGCCCGCAAGCACGGCGUGCCGUGCUGGGCGGACGGCGGCAUCUCCAACGUCGGCAAGAUCUCAAAGGCCCUCGCGUGCGGCGCGUCCGCCGCGCCCGGGGAGUACUUCUACAAGGACGGGGUGCGGCUCAAGACGUACCGCGGCAUGGGCUCGAUCGACGCCAUGUCCAAGGGCACCUCCGCCGACCGCUACUUCUCCACCGACGCCGCCGUCCGCGUCGCGCAGGGUGUCUCGGGCGCCGUUGCUGACAAGGGAUCGCUCAAGCGGUACCUGCCGUACCUCUCUACCGGCUUGCGCCACUCGCUGCAGGACAUGGGCCUGCAGUCGUGCGAGGCGCUGUGGGCCGCGCUCGCCGACGGCACGCUCCGCUUCCAGCAGCGCACCUCGGGCGCGCAGGCCGAGGGCUCGAUCCACAAUUUGCUGCACGCCAAGAAGAAGGACUUCAGCUGAGCUAGUGACUCGCCGCCGCUGGGGCGGCGUAGGGAGCUCGCGCAGGGUCCGUUUUCCGCGCCGAGUAGGUGGCGUUUGGACAGCCGCCGUUCGCGGGGCGGCGCCGGGAGUGAGUUCUCUGAGCGGCCUUGCGCCACAUGACGGCGCGCUCAUUCAUCAUCGAUCUUGCGAGUGUCGAGUUGGUGUUGCCGCGAUGUUGUGCGCGUUGCCGUUGGGGAGUCGUCGUUGAUGUGUGCCACGUCCUUGGCAUUACAGACAUACUGACGUAAAUAUCUAUCGUGGGGCUCUCUAAUUAAACUUUUUGAUG